UCAGAAAUCGGUCUGCCCCAAAUAUUUGUCAUUUUAAUCAUAACACACCUGAGGAUUUAACUACACGAUGCGGGGGUGUGGAUGAAGAAAUCGUUAUGUCAAAUCAGUCAUCAAUAGUCCAGGGAGUUGAUGGUGAAUAGCCUUAAAUUUUAUAUAGAUAUUUUAGCAUUAUAUCAUGCCAUUUGGUUUGAAAUUCAAAAGAACCAGGCGGUAUGACAUCUCUACAAAGAACGUGUUUGUGGUGGGGGUGGAGAUGUUGGAUCAUUCCUACCUAGAGUGUACACUGAACUCUGACAGUACGGGGCAGGAAUGUCUGGAGAGCAUAGCUCAGCGUAUAGAACUCAGCCAGACUCAGUAUUUUGGUUUACGAUAUGUGACCAAAAAGAUGCAGUAUCAUUGGAUUGACCUGACAAAGCCGUUGAAGAAACAGAUUGAGAAGAAUCUCCAACCCGGUCACUCCCCAAGGCUUUACUUUGGGGUCAUGUUUUACAUCACAGGGGCACACAAGAUCAUUGACGAUGUGGCAAGGUAUCAGUAUUUUUUACAGUUGAAGACAGACAUUGUAGAGGGAAGAAUUCCGGUCAGUAUAGAGCAGGUCAUUCGUUUGGGAGCCUUCAGUUUACAAGCUGAAUUUGGAGAUUAUGAAUAUGAUAAACAACAGCAGGAAUAUUUUGAAGAUAAUGAUUUAUUUCCUAAGACAAUGUGUCGUGAUGAUAACGCUGUGUCGGAGAUGAUGCAUGAGGUACUGAACUCCUACCAGAACCUCCAAGGCAUUCACCCGGUGAAGGCAGAGAUGCAGUACAUCAAGGAAAUACAGAUGAUGGACGGUUACGGCAUGGAGUAUUACACCGCCAAGGAUGAGAGAGGUAAAGAGCUUUACCUGGGAACUUCCUACACAGGUAUACUGGCCAGAUACCUGGAUGGCUCACCUACGAUAUGUUUCAGAUGGUCUGAGAUUGCCAGACUGACUCAAAGUAAGAAAGUCUUGGAGGUGGAUACGUCUAAGAGUUCCUCUCACUACACAAUGGAGGACUCGGACACGGCUAAAUACCUGAAGAGGAUGGGCUACCUUAUACAGAAGUUCCACAAAACCAACAAAAUGACCCCAAGGGAUGAUAUUCAGACAUCACAGCAAGUCUUCUCAGAUCCAUUGACCCAGUCCCAAACAUCACUAACUUACUCUCAACAUUCCACUCAUUCCCAAGUGUCACAUGACCAGAGGUUUGAUCCAGAUUUAUCGCAGUCUUCCUUUGAGGAUUUUUAUCGUCAGUCUCAGCAGAGCCUGGAGACAACACACAGCGACAUCAUUCACUACUCUGGUGACGGAAGCUUCACCCAUAUCAACGGAGGUCAGCUGAUCACAGACAGCCCUGUGAUUGGUCAACACACUCCUGUACAGAGGAGGGAUUCCCAAAAGUCCCCCUUACUACCGGCGUAUAGACCCAGUCCAAGCUAUGAGGAAGUGAUGCGACGUCGGAUGAGCCAGCAGCCCCCCGCUGCCGUUCACAGCUCCCCCAUUCUGCAGUCUCACCAUCAUCCUAACCCCAUCCCCGACCACAAACUGUACCCCCCAACAUCCCCGAGAAUUUUACAUGACGCAGUAUUGAUUCAGCAGCCCCCUCCUGGUAUAAUGUACAACCCGGAUGUUACUUUUAACACUGGAAAUGCAUAUAUGAACAGUGAACUUAUGUCUUCUUAUAACAACAAUACAAUGUAUGCAAAUAGGGCAGUCUUCACAACGGAUCUUGGGAACAGGGGAAGUAAUCUGGUAAUGCAGCCAACAUACAGUUCACCGGAGUUAAAUUCCCAGUUACCCCAGUUCAGUAUUAAAGAGACUGAGCCCCUCCAUUACAAACCCCCUCCCCCUUAUCCCAGAUCCAGCACAAGUACCCCUGACCUAGCCAACCAGACUGUCAGAACAAAAGUAGGGGAAAGUCCAGAUUUAGUGUCACGCAAAAACCUGGGUGUGAAAACAAGUUUUAACGGAAGUGUGGAGAAUGUUCCAAAGGUUGUGUUAGACCACACUGAAUUAAAUCCUUAUCCUGCAAGUACUUCUGAAAAUGUGAUACUUAACCCAGAAAGUGCAAUAUUACCUAGAGACACGACAGAUUCAGCAAAGCCACCUUUGGUCUUGCCAAAUAUUUCGACCCUGGGGGUUAGUCCACAUAUUACAGUUCAGCACCCCGAGACAGAUGACGCCUCAAGUGAUCACUCAGGGGCUACGUUUCAUGUCAAGGACACAGACAGUGAAAAAGAGGAUGAUAAAAGUCCAAAGUUAGACAGUGUUAAAGCCAAAAUAGCCAUCAAAUACGUGGCCCCCAACAAAGCACCGCCUCCCUCCACCACUAAAGAGCUGAUCACUCGAAGGGAGAGUUUCCGCCGUCAAAUGAUAGCACGGACAACUCAUGAAAACCCCAUAAAGAAAGAUGAACCUCAGGACCCAGUGGUCAUCCCCGAGCACACAGAUGGCAGUGGCGUGGCGGUCAAACCCACCACCAGUCAGUCCACCUUUAUACGGCGGUUCUCCAGCCGCAGACUGUCCCACAAGAAGCCAGAGGUACCACCCCCCAUCACCAGGCGAGCCUCCGACAUAGCGACUAAGUUUACCGGGCUGGAUGUGGUACCACCGGUGGGGAACUUUGUCAGACAGGUCAGUGUGGAGUCAGAGGAGCCGGGGCCACCAGAGGAGGAUAGUGAUUCAGAUUAUGAGAAAGAUGCUACAGUGAAAUUGAAGAUGGGACCUCUGAAGAUGGCUGCCAUGAAUGGAUUAACUAUGUCUAGACCAAUGGUAUUGGCUCUUAUGAAUGAUGAAAGCAGAGCUCCAAAGGAUGAGAGGAGAAAGCUUCUAGAAAACAAAUUGUCAGAGAACUUGGUAUUUAAAGAGUUUGAGGAAAUCCCCAAGAAGGUGCAAUCAGCUGAGUGCAGCGUGGCCAGACUUCCAGAGAAUGAGGGACGUAACAGGUUCAGGGACGUCCUGCCAUACGACAUCACUCGGGUCAAACUGACCCCCAGGAAGGACAACCACUCGGGUUAUGUCAAUGCUUCUCAUAUCAAGCUGUCCUUUGGUGACCGGGUCUGGUGGUACAUUGCCACCCAGGCUCCAAUGGAGGAAACCUGCGUAGAUUUCUGGCAGAUGAUCUGGGAACAGGAAGUGGACGUCAUAGCCAUGUUAACAGACCUAGCUGAGCAGGGAAAACAGAAGUGCCACACCUACUGGCCCCAGGAGAUUGGACCCGACCAUAAGAUUACAUUUGGACAGUAUGAGGUGACCCUGUUGUUCUGUAAUGACUCUCUGUGCUACAUCACCAAUAGAAUCUCUGUGGUACACCUGCCUACUAAGAAGGAGAAACAGGUCUGGCAUCUACAGUACACAGACUGGCCAGACCACGGCUGCCCAGAGGAUAUGUACGGUUUCCUUGGAUUCUUGGAUGAAGUGGACUCUGUACAGAGACUUGCUGAGAGUGAGGAGGGGAGUGGGAAGAAGUCCCCCAUCGUGGUCCAUUGCAGUGCCGGGGUGGGGAGGACGGGGGUGGUGAUCCUAACCCAGGUCAUGAAGUGGUGUCUGGAACACAACUUUGAUAUAGAUCUUCCAAAAGCUCUUGGUGCCAUUAGACAGCAGAGAAUGUUCAUGGUUCAGACAUUAGGACAAUAUAACUUUAUACAUAAGACUCUGAUCCAAUAUCUGAAGAAUUCCAGGCUCAUCUAGGAGUGUGUAUACAAGAAGAUGUUCAAACAUUGCUAGUCAAACAAAACAUUGAGACUGGGAUAUAUUACAGAAGCACAAACAUUCCCACAGAUUCAUGAUAC